AACUUAGGUCCAAUGGGCAUGAAUUAAUGGAUUAAACCCAGAAACGUGUCUCAAAAGCCCGAUUUAAAUUAUCAAAAUCCAUUAUUAUAAAACUCAAUCCACAAAUCAUCUUACCAAAAAAUCAAUCGAAUCUCAGCUCCAUGGCUCUUACGCACUUCCUCUCCGGCUCACUCUCCCUUCUCUUCCUCCACCAUCUCCUCCUCUUCAGCACAUUCCGGCCUGUUUCCGGUGUCGGCAUUAACUACGGAACUCUCGGAAACAACCUUCCUUCACCCAAGAAAGUAGCUCAGCUCCUCCAAUUCACCCCACUCGUUAAGGUCAAAAUCUACGAGACCAAUCCGGGAAUCCUCGAACCCUUCUCCAACACUGCCAUUGAUCUCAUCAUAGUAGCCGGAGAAAACCGGGUUGUUUCCAUUCUUUUAUUAAAUUUCUUUUGUUUAUUUAGCCGGUUAGACCGAUCCCACUGACCAAACUAAUCUGUCAAUUUAAUAAAUAUUAUUAAAUUUA